AGGACAGCAGCUCUGCAAGCUAAUUCAAUCUCCCUUACAUGUUGAAGAUUUGUUUAUUAUAUUUUGGCUUUCUUUUUACUCUUACCUGUCUUGUCUGACUGUCAUUUCUCAAGUGCCCCCGAAAGGUUGGUCCAUCUUGUCAGAACUCACUCUGGCCUGCCAUAAUACCAAACAAAGAAGCCGAUGUGAGAGCUUUUGCAAGCAUUCUCAACACGCAAAGACCAAACAAAGCUAUAUUAAAAACCAAGUAAGUCUAUCUCUCCAUGGACUUCCAUCUGAAGCAAUGGAGAAACCAGCAUGAGGAGUCAGGGCAACAACCCUCUGCAAAGAUGCCAAAACUCCUCAUGGAUCCCCAUCAACCACAACAACAUCCACACUCAUCUGGGUCUGUUGCCUUCCCUUUGUUUCUACCUGAGCCCAGCUGCAAAACCAGUAACCUGUCAGCAUUUCCUGAUUCAAGCACAGCUGCAUACACCAGACUUCCUAAGAUCAUGGGGAAUUACUUUAGCCUGGAACAGUGGCAAGAGCUAGAGCUGCAGGCUUUGAUCUACAGAUUUAUGUUAGCCGGUGCAGCUAUUCCUCCGGAGCUCCUCCAACCAAUCAAGAAAACCCUUCUUCGUUCUCACUCUCCUCCAUAUUUCCUCCGUCAUCCUCUUCAACUAUAUUAUCAGCCAUCUUUAUUGCAAACAGGGUAUUGGGGAAGAGCAGCCAUGGAUCCGGAGCCAGGUCGGUGCCGGAGAACAGAUGGGAAGAAAUGGCGGUGCUCCAGAGACGUGGUGGCAGGGCACAAGUAUUGCGAGCGCCACUUGCACCGUGGCCGCAACCGUUCAAGAAAGCCUGUGGAAAAUCCCUCACCUACAAUAUCCACUAACAUCACUUGCUUUGGUAUUGGAGAUGUGGGUGGUACCGCAUCAGCUUCUGCUUUCAAUUGCAGUACCACACCAACCAUAUCAGAGGUGGUCAAUGGGACUCGUUUUUCGCAUACACUAGAAUCCCCUUCCAUUCAUCUCAAUCAUAGCUCCAAAACUGAAAGCAAGGGCGUAAUUGGACUACCACCUCCAAAUGAGGUUGGUAACAGGUCUGAUGGUCAUAUUCUGUGGCAUUUUUUUGACGACUGGCCACGAUCCGUUGAUGAAUCCGACAAUAUUAAUGCUGGAAGCUCAACGAACUCUUUAACCUGCCUCUCCGUUUCAAUGCCUGGAAACUCACCAGCAUCAGAUGUGUCACUGAAAUUGUCCACUGGGAAUAAUACUGCAGAGGAGGAGCCGGAGCCUGAGCCGGAGCCAUCCCCGAUCCCUAGAGACAAUACAAGCAAUUGGGCAGGUGCAGGAUGGGGCACAAAAAUUACAAACCAGGUGGUGACUUCAAUGGGGGGCCCUCUUGCUGAGGCGCUGAGGUCCUCCACUACCAAACUCAUCUCCCACGAAUGUUCUGCACCAGUUGUCUCGCCCCACUGUUUCUGAAACUUUGAUUUAUUUUAGGUUAGUUUGUGGUGUAGUAACAGAGGCACGCACACACACCCACGCACCCACACAUCCAUCAAUACGUGCAUUAACUAAUAAUGCUGGGUUUUCUGGUUGCUACGGACAUCCUAGUCAAAAUCUUUCAGUGGACGGUGUUGUGUUUAUUUGAUUGAAACCAUGCCAUGAUUUGUUAGUUA